UCAAUGUUAUGUGACCUUUAAUUGUCAUUUAUUUUUAAUUAUUUGGAUGAACAAGUGAUUUUUGAAAGAAUAAUUCUAAUCUUGUUCACAGUUGAAUAUAUUUUCUUUUGUUUUAAUUACAUAAUUUUCUUUGUGUGAAUUUUUAUCGGUUUGUUUUCAUCAAUCAUUCUGAUUGUGAUUUUUGUCUUCAUUUUGUUUAAUUGUUUGUGGUUUUUUUGCGUUUAUUUGGAAAAUGUCAUUCAAUCAGUUGAUGCAUCCUAGAAAUAUUUAUCGUAUUAAACCUGAUUAUGUACAAUUAGGUGAAAAAUAUUCAACAUUCAAAGAUAUUCUCAUGUUUUAUAAGAAUGGAAAAGCAAAAUUAAAUUUCAAUGAUCCUCAAGCCUUAAAGAUAUUGACAAUUACUCUUCUUGAUAAUGACUUUAAUUUAAAAGUUGACCUACCAUUGGAUAGAUUAAUUCCCGCUGUUCCACAGAGAUUAAAUUAUAUUCUUUGGAUUGAAGAUUUACUGAAUCUACUUGAUUUACCUCCUCAUGAGACUGUCUCUGGUUUAGAUAUUGGGACUGGUGCUUGUUGUAUUUUCCCUCUUCUUGGAUGUACAAUCAAUAGAUUGUGGUCAUUUAUUGCCACUGAAGCUGAUGAAUUAGCCUAUCAAUUUGCUGUGGAAAAUGUUAACAACAACCAAUUGUCACAUCGAAUCAAAGUAAUCAAAGUGACACCAGAAAUGUUUGCACUCAAUUUACCAAAUAUCAACCGACUGGAGGCUCAUUUUUUGAUGUGUAAUCCGCCAUUUUUUAAUGACCGUUCCUUUGAUUAUAAUUGUGAGGACAGCGAAUCUUGUGAUGAGCCAAUGACAGGAAAAAAAUCAUCUUCGCAUCGUAAAAGUGGACGACCAUCGCCAAGUAAUUUAACUAUACCAAUAGAAAGUGUCACUCUUGGUGGUGAAGUUGAAUUCGUAAAGAAAAUAAUCGGUGAAAGUUUAAUUCUCAAAGAAUCAAUUAAAAUCUACACCGUAAUGUUGGGUCACAAGAGAAGCUCAAUCACUUUACGAGAACAUUUGAAAACAAUUAACGAAGUGAAAGAUGUCACAGUGAAUCAAUUCUAUCAAGGACGAACAUUAAGAUGGGGAUUAGCUUGGACUUUCCUGGAAGAUAUUAAACUAUCCGAAUCAAUUAAAUUCGCAGAGAUGAAAAAACAACACAAGAAGAAAAAUCCCCCAUUAACUUAUUCCAUUCCAAAAAAUAUAACAUCAAUUAACUACAGUCUACAAAGUAUCUACCGGUGGAUUAGGCAUCUUUUAAGAGAUGAAUUGGAAAUUUCUACUGUUGAUAUAAUUCGAGAAAGCAAUCAAUCCAUUGAGAUGAUAAUUCGAAGUCAAGUCAAUUCUUGGAGUCACCAACGAAGACGCAAACGAAUGGCAGCUCGAUCACCAACCGAUGAAAGUAAUAACAAUCAAGAGAUUAAUCCAAUUGAUCUGAAAGAUGAAAUCAAUGAAAUGGAAAUGGAUGAUGAUUGUAACGUUGCAAGUCCUUCAGGAACAAUAAUUUCCACCCAAAGUGAUGAAUCAUUUACGAAUGAUUCAAAUGAAUUGAAAGAAAUCAGCAAUCCAGGGAAGAGAAAAGCUCAAGAUACAAUUGAAGAGGAAGAAAAUUGUCACGAAGAGACGAAAAAGAUUCGAGACCAGCGGCAAUUUAAGUCAAUUGUUAAAGAAGAAGAAUUAUAUUUACUUCAUUGUUCGUUGACAAUCAAGAGAACUGAAAAUAAUUUCAUUAUUCUCGAAAUGAGAACAAAAGAAAAAGCCAAAUCGAAAGACUCGACCAAUCAACUGUUAACCUUUUUCAAAACAAUAUUAACUAAUUGAGUUAAUACUGAAAAACAAAACCAAAAUGAUUAAUGAACAAAAUACUAAUUUUAUUUAACAAUCACUAAAUUCAACUAGAUACAAAUAUUUAUUAAAUUAACUAGGAGCACGUUUGGUGAGCAAAAAAGUUUUGAA